AUGGGUGAGGCAAGUGAGGAGCAACUUACCAACGAGCAGGCAGCUCUCCAAGCUGAACUGAAGCGAGAAAAGCAGCUUGCUGCCAUGGAGGAGUCGGCGGAUGAGUUGGCAGAAGGCAAACUAACAGCUGCCGUGGACCACGCGUACUCGAUGGCGGAAUAUGCACGGGUUUGGGCAGAGCGCGUGGACAUUGCGAUGCUUUGCAGCGUUGGGAUCGGUGACCGCAGGACCGACUUGGCCAAGGCUGCGCGUCGAGCAGAGAAGGCAUUGAUCGGCGUGAAUGAAUCCUUGAAAGCAUUGGAUGUGGCAAGGUUCAAUCUUGAGUUGCAAGAGAAGCUGGGGUCAACCGAUCCCCAAAUGGAGAUCUAUGUUCUCAAAAAGACGGGUGAGGCAGCGACCAAGGCCUCGGAUGCGAUGCACAUGGCCUUGCAGGUGGCCACCAGGGCACAGAACUUGACCGACGAGGCGGUGUCUCAUGGGGUCACUUCCAUGCCGAAGCUGCGGGUGUCCGAUGUGCACCUCACCCCGGUGAAUGAGGCCGAGGGUGCCGACUUCAAUGCCAACCAGGAGCAUUCGCCCGAUGAGUUGGUGGGGCAGGGGCACGGCAAAGAGGUCUUGCGAGCCAAGCACAAGAUCGACAAGAUGGACAAUGGAGUUCCACUAGGUCUAACGUCAGCUGGAUGCCACUGCGACCCACAGGUGCGGCAGUCACCGCAUCAAUUGCAUCGGAAUCGCUCGUCAUCGCUGUCCCUUGCAAUGGCAGCUUCGAAGACUCAUCGCACACGAGGAAUCAGCGAUUUGUUUGGAGCAGCCGUUUUCGACCAGCGAGUGAAGGACCAAGUGAAAGCGCUGCACAUUGUUCCCUUCCUCUACUUCAAGGAAAAGUUGACCUUGGAUGAAGUGAAGCAAACCCUCUUUGAGAAGCUAAUGCCCAUUGCUCGUUUUCGCAGCAAGGUUGAGGGUGUUGCCUCCGGCAUGAUCAGCGUUCAAUCUGCAUUUGUGGAGCUUGAUGAAGCGGCUGUGAAGGCAUCAAUGGACGUAUUGGUGACAGCUCGCGAUGACCUGAAGACACAGAAAGAUUUGGAUCGCUUUGUGUCGGAUUUGUACACGAAGGCAUGGGAACCAGAUCUUCCCGUGUGGCGUGCGUUUGUGAUCAACGACUUGGAAGACGGAAGGAGCUUGCUGCUGAUGAAGAUUGACCAUGCCAUUGCCGAUGGUGUGGGUUUGUUGGACGUUCUCUUCAACAUCAUCGACAGCAAGGGCGGCGGCGAUUCUCCUAAGAAGUUGCGAUCCGCUGUUACUCGACCGCCUAGUUGUUGGGAGGGCUUCAAGAUGCAGGCCAAGGGCCUUUGGCGUGCCUGCUAUGGGCCUUUCAUUGCUGACCAUUUGCCAGGGGACCGCAAGAAUCGGCUAAAGUUCGCGGAUGCCAAGAAUCCGGGAAGCACAAAGGCUGUUUGUUCCACCAAACCCAUUGACUUGAACGACAUCAAGAUGAUCAAAUCGCAACUCCCCGACGCCACGGUCAAUGAUGUCUUGAUGACUUUGACGUGCCUCACAUUGCGCAAUUACUUUGCCAAGUAUGAGCCUUCCACUUUGAAGCAGUCGGUUCGAGCCAAUAUGCCAAUCAGCAUGAGAAAAGAAGGCGAUGAAGACAUCUUCAACCCACUGGUCUUUGGAAACAAUUUCUCUCAGGGUCAACUGAGCUUCCCGAUCCACCUGGACGACCCCAUGGAGAUCUUCCGCAGCAUGAAAGCCCAGAUCGAUGUCAUCAAAGUUUCGCCGGAGCCCUUGGUGCGUCAUGCCCUGGUGAAGACGCUGACGGUGGGCUCGCCCAUCCCACAUCGAAUUGCUGCAGCCCUGGUGCUUGACCAAUUUGGCAAGGUCACUGCGAUGUUGUCCAAUGUGGUCGGUCCCAUGCAAGAGGUGGAGUUCAUGGGCAAGAAACUGGAUGACAUGUCCUUCUAUGCCAUGGUGCCUUUGGGCCUCUACUUUGGCAUUGUGCAAUACAAGGGCUGGAUCAAGGUGGGCAUUUGCUGCGAUGCAGGGCUGGAACCAGAACCCCAGCGCCUGGCGGACUGUUGGGAGGAAGCCUUCCAAGCCUUACGCAAGGCAGCGGAGAUUGCUGUGCCUGAAGUCACUGAAGUCACCAAGACCGUUGUGGCGCAAGCGGUGUGAAAACGUGGUCCAUGGCGGCCAUGUGGAAUAUGAAGGGUGGCAAAGUGGUGUGGAAAGGAACAACUUUGUUGAGAGGUACGGUAGUUUGCUACUUGCUGCCUCUGCAACUGAGUACCACAGGGCAGGCAGUUACCAAAAGAACGAAGAGAAAUGAUACUGUGAGGUGAGUGUCCAACCAGCUCUGAGAAGACCCUAAAUAUCUGCGCAGAAUUGU